AGUCUUCUCUAGACCCGUUGUUCGGGUUUUCUGCCAAUUCAACCAGUCAGACUUUAUCACAUAGCAAAUGCUUAGAAUGCGGGAAACAAACGAAAUCCGUCGCUUGGUGUAAAAAUUGCGAUCUAGCAAGGUUGAGAGAACAUUUCCGUUGUUGGACUAACGGAGAUCCGACAGUAGAUGAAUUUAUUAGACAUACAAAACUAAACGCCGAAGAAAAUUUGGACUAUUUAGAAUGGAUUGAUUUCGACCAAUUUGUUUUCGUCGAAAAUAUUAACAAACGAGGUGCCUUCAGCACAAUUUAUUCCGCAUUAUGGAUGGAAGGUCCAAAAUGGAAAUUGGACGAAGAGGCUGAAAUUUGGAACCGUAACGGACCAAUUAAAGUUAUAUUAAAGCGGUUAGAUAAUUCACAAAAUAUGAGUCAAGAAUUUGUAAAACAA